GCGUGUCUCAGCAGAGUGCUGUAGCGUCUCAUCAGGUGGUUCUGAAGUAAGCUAUGAUGCUUUAGAUCAUCAGCAAAGGGGAAAAUACUGGACUUUUAAAAUUAUAUGAAAUAGUUCAUCCUGUAUCUCAUUAUAUGAAACUUUUACCUUGUUUCGUCUUGUCCUUCACAUUCCAUGUUAGACAAGCAGGAAGACAGUUCAGAGGAUGAUGAAGCUGAAGAAGGAGAGGUUGAAGACGAGAACACAAGUGACGUAGAGUUGGACACGUUGUCUCAGGUAGAAGAGGAGUCUUUGUUAAGAAAUGAUCUUCGUCCAGCUAACAAACUUGCUAAAGGAAAUAGGUUAUUCAUGAGAUUUGCUACAAAAGAUGACAAAAAGGAACUUGGAGCAGCCAGAAGAAGUCAAUAUUACAUGAAAUAUGGGAAUCCAAAUUACGGAGGCAUGAAAGGAAUUCUUAGCAAUUCAUGGAAGCGAAGAUAUCAUUCCCGUCGUAUUCAGCGGGACGUGAUCAAGAAGAGAGCCCUGAUUGGGGAUGACUUUGGCUUGACGUCGUAUAAACAUUGGCAUUCUGGACUAGUGAAUGUACCUGAGGAACCCAUUGAAGAGGAGGAGGAGGAGGAGGAGGAGGAGGAAGAAGACCAGGACAUGGAUGCAGAUGACAGAGUGGUGGUAGAGUACCACGAGGAGCUCCCAGCUCUCAAGCAGUCCAAUGAGCGGAGCACGUCCAGACGGUCCAGUGCCAGCAGCUCAGACUCAGAUGAAAUGGACUAUGAUCUGGACCUGAAAAUGAUUUCCACUCCUUCCCCAAAGAAGAGCAUGAAAAUGACUAUGUAUGCUGAUGAAGUGGAAUCUCAGUUGAAAAACAUUAGGAACUCCAUGAGGGCAGAUAGUGUAUCUUCAAGCAAUAUCAAAAACUGAAUUGGUAACAAACCGCCACCUGAGAAAUUUGCAGAUGUCCGACAUCUGUUAGAUGAAAAACGCCAGCACUCGCGUCCACGGCCACCAGUCAGCAAUACUAAAUCAGAUAUACGCCAGCGGUUAGGAAAAAGACCAUAUUCUCCAGAAAAGGCUUUUAGUAGUAACCCAGUGGUUCGGAGAGAGCCCUCUUCUGAUGUUCAUAGUAGACUAGGUGUUCCUAGGCAAGAUAUUAAAGGCCUCUACGCCGAUACUCGGGAGAAGAAAUCAGGUAAUUUAUGGACUCGCUUAGGAUCUGCACCCAAGACCAAAGAAAAGAGUACGAAGAAAGGAGAUCACAGGGCACCUGGCACUGAGGAAGAUAACUCCGAGCUGCAAAGGGCGUGGGGGGCUCUGAUUAAGGAGAAAGAGCAGUCUCGCCAAAAGAAGAGCCGCUGUUACCAGCACCCUUUCCCCAAGAAAAGUCAAUUCCCAGGUGCUUAUUGGACAUCCUUCGAGGGGGAAGAUGAGGGAAGCGGCCAGCUCACCCUUCCGGGGCCCUAGUCUGGGGGCGAAUCUCAUGGACCUGACCUCAGAGGUACACCAGUGCCACCAGGUAGAUAAUAGAUGCAGCAUUGAUUGUGCUUCUGUUCUACCCUCGGGAUUGCUCAUGUUGCAAGCCUCUUACUUGCUGUCAGCCUGAUGUGAAGAUCAAGUUCAGUGCUGUGGGAUUUUUAGGAACAAAAACCUGUGACUUCUGGAUUUGGGGUUGAUUUUUGUGCUAGGGGUGGGAUUAUGGGUUAAUAUUGAACAAUUUCUAAGUCUGUAUUAUGUUUAAAACACAAAUGAUUUAAAAGUUUAAAUUUUUAAUUUUUAUAUGUGGAAAUUCUUCCUGUUGGCUAAAGGGGAAGCUCAAGUGGUAUCUUCUUUUGUGCUGUUAAAUAUAUAUUCUAUUCUUUGCAAGAAGGCAGAGAUGAGUCUUAUUAUUUUUAAAUGCCCCUAAUUGUAUAGUCUGUCUGUUGUACGUAGAGUUCAGCUUGCUUUUUGGCUAUAGCAGGGAAAAAAAUCCAUCCAUCCGAGAUGGGGUCCCAUCGUUUAUUAUCACUCUAGAAGUUAUACGUUGAUAUUUAUUCUUUCUCGCCCCCAGUUGUGGCACCCGAAGACGUCUUCAAAACUGGCAGAUAAUAGUUAUAAAAAUUUUAGUUCGUGUAUUUUUAAACUCCUUUCAGAUUAUUUUUCCAUGAGGAGGAGGUAGAUUAUUUCGUCUUCCUGUCUGCUUUUUGUUUGGUAGUGUUUAAUUUUGGAUUUCUCUGCAGUUUUAGGAAACAGUGUUUGGCCUCGGUUUGCUGGACCAUGGGAAGUAGAGAUGGUGAUAAGCCCUGGUCGUUUUUGCGA